AUGCUCGUUGCCCUCUCCAUUUUUGCACUGUCGCUCUCUUUCCUUGUUUACCAGCGCCCACCCUCGACAUGGCUUGCCUUUAUCACUCGCCUCAGCCGACCAGGAACGAGCACGAUACCCGAUAAGUCGCAGAAUGGCAACAAAGAAGGCCCCACCCCAGCCAGGGAGGAGCGCAUAGAGCUCAAGUCUCCAUCAAAGCAUGAGGCAGUUGAUGGGAUUGACGAAAGCCCAUCUCUCGAGUCUACACCCAAAGCUAUGCCCAAAUCAGACGAUAAUGCACCUCCAGUGCCCUCCUUCACGCUCAACGAGCACGAGAGUUCAGAUGAAGAGGAAGACAAUCUGCCGCCGCCUUCAUUUCCAGCCAUGAACUCGGCACAAAGAGCCUCUCAAGCGCCUCCUCACUUCGCCAUGCCUCCACCUCAAAAGCCAACCCUUAUGGCGCCACCUCCCAAACCCACUACGUCUCUCAUGCCGCCACCGAAAGUCGCAGCCUCGAGUCUACGUCCCCUGCCUAGCUCCUCGUCCUCACAAUCUAUGCGCGUGCCCACCACCGGCCCUCUUCCGAACCGCGGACCGCUUCCGAAUCGAGGCCCGCCCACCUCAAACCGAGGUCUCGGAGUCCCACCCAGCGCAGGCCCCGCCAUCAAGACACCAAACGCACGGGGCAAAGUGCUCCUGUCGCCGGGCCACUCGCCGCUCGACUGGGCCCACCUGCAGAAAUCCGGCAAGAACCUGUCUGGCGUCGACUCUAUGAUUCGCGUUACACCAGCCAUGCUCAAGGAGAAGAAUGGGCGCAAGGGCAAAGAUGCGUGGUCGUGCUAUCAGGGAAAAGUGUACAAUAUCUCGCCCUAUCUCCCGUUUCAUCCCGGUGGAGAAGGCGAGCUCCGUCGCGCGGCCGGUAAAGACGGGACCAAGUUGUUCAUGGAGGUGCAUCCGUGGGUUAAUUGGGAGAAUAUGCUUGGCGAGUGCAUGGUAGGUAUUAUGGUUAGCGAGGAGCAGGUGCCCAAGGCGGCAGAGGGUGAUCUAGAGGAUAUGGAUUGA